CCAUUGUUUGUUCUAAAGCAUAUUCCUUCCUUUUCUCUCUUAAACCGUUUGUCUUACAGUACCAAUUUUUCGUUGAUUGAGAGCUCAAUUACAAUGGGAGUUCCAGCAUUUUAUCGAUGGUUAGCUGAGAAGUAUUCAAUGGUUAUAGUUGAUGUGAUAGAAGAAGAAGCAGCUGUUAUUGAAGGAAUUAAAGUUCCAGUUGAUACGAGUAAACCUAAUCCUAACAAUAUUGAAUAUGAUAACUUGUAUUUGGAUAUGAAUGGUAUUGUUCAUCCAUGUUUUCACCCUGAAGAUCGACCUUCUCCAACCACAUUUGAUGAGGUGUUCCAUUGCAUGUUUGACUACAUAGACGGGCUUUUCUCAAUGGUGCGUCCUCGAAAGCUGCUAUAUAUGGCUAUUGAUGGUGUUGCACCUAGGGCAAAAAUGAACCAGCAAAGAUCUAGACGUUUUAGAGCAGCCAAAGAUGCAGCAGAUGCGGCAGCGGAGGAGGAAAAGUUGCGCGAGGAAUUUGAGAGGGAGGGUAGGAAGCUUCCUCCUAAACAGGCUUCCCAAGUUUUUGAUUCAAAUGUUAUCACUCCUGGAACCCAAUUCAUGGCUACGUUGUCGAUCGCUCUUCAAUACUAUAUUCAUCUUAGACUAAACCAUGAUCCUGGAUGGAAAAAAAUUAAGGUUAUACUUUCUGAUGCAAAUGUCCCUGGUGAAGGUGAGCAUAAAAUUAUGUCCUAUAUCCGCCUACAAAGGAAUCUUUCUGGGUAUGAUCCAAAUAUGCGUCACUGUCUUUAUGGUUUGGAUGCAGAUCUAAUUAUGUUGGGUUUGGCUACGCAUGAAGUUCACUUCUCCAUACUUAGAGAGGUCGUUUUUACUCCAGGCCAGCAGGACAAAUGUUUCCUUUGUGGUCAAAUGGGUCAUUUAGCUGCAAAUUGCGAAGGAAAGGCAAAGCGAAAAGCAGGGGUAGUUGAUGAGAAAGGAGAUGCUGAGGUUGUGACAAAGAAACCGUUCCAGUUCCUCAACAUCUGGACUCUGCGGGAGUAUCUGGAAUAUGAUUUGAGAAUUCCCAAUCCUCCCUUUGAGAUUGAUUUGGAGCGUAUUGUUGAUGACUUCAUAUUUAUAUGCUUCUUCGUUGGCAAUGAUUUUCUACCACAUAUGCCCACACUUGAGAUUCGUGAGGGCGCGAUAAACUUGUUGAUGGCUGUUUAUAAGAAGGAGUUUAGGUCUUUGGGAGGGUAUCUGACUGAUGCAAGCCAGCCAAACCUUGGCAGGGUAGAAUCUUUUAUUCAGGCGGUAGGAUUAUAUGAAGAUAAGAUAUUCCAAAAGAGAUCUCACUUGCAUCAGAAACAAUCUGAAAGAAUCAAGCGUGAAAAGGCACAGGCAAAAAGAGGAGAUGACUUUGCACCUCAAGCUGAACCUGAAUCUCUGGUUCCAGUUGCUCGAUUCCAUGGUUCUCGUCUCGCUUCAGGUCCUUCACCUUCCCCCUAUCAACAGGGAGGAGCUUCAAAAUCUUGUAGACCUGAUCAGCUUGGGCAGACCACCUCUAGUCUUUCUAUCCUUGACAUUAAGACCGAACAGUCUGACACUUCUGAUGAUAAAAAGACUGCCCGUGCCCGAAAAAACAAAAAGAAAAGGGAUGUUGUCCGUGCCAAAAAAAUAGCACGUUUGAGUUCCGUGGCCACGAUAGGAGCUGCAAUUGUUGAAGCUGAGAAUGACCUUGAAAUUGAAGUUUCUGAAAACAAGGAAGAAUUGAAGACAAAACUAAACAAGCUGCUUCGAGACAAGAAUGAUAGUUUCAAUUCAGAGAAUCCCGAAGAAGACAAGGUCAAACUGGGCGAGCCAGGAUGGAGAGAGAGGUAUUAUGAUGAAAAAUUUUCUGCAAAAACACCAGAGGAAAUGGAAGCAGUACGAAAAGAAGUUGUGCUAAAAUAUACAGAAGGGCUAUGCUGGGUUAUGCAUUAUUAUUAUGAAGGGGUUUGUUCCUGGCAAUGGUAUUAUCCCUAUCAUUAUGCACCAUUUGCUUCUGAUCUUAAGGAUCUUGGGAAGAUGAACAUCACAUUUGAACUAGGUUCUCCUUUCAAGCCAUUCAAUCAGCUGUUGGGGGUUUUCCCUGCUGCCAGUGCUCAUGCUCUACCUGAGCAGUAUAGGAAAUUGAUGAUAGAUCCAGAGUCACUCAUUCUUGAUUUUUAUCCUACUGAUUUUGAGGUGGACAUGAAUGGCAAGCGCUUUUCUUGGCAGGGUAUUGCCAAAUUGCCUUUCAUUGAAGAAGAAAGGCUCCUAACAGAGGUUGCAAAAAUUGAACAUUCUUUGACGGAAGAAGAAUCACGAAGAAACAGUGUGAUGUUUGAUAUGCUUUUUGUUUCAUUAUCCAAUCCUUUGUCUCCAUUCAUUUUUUCUCUUGAUGAUCGCUGUAAGCAGCUCACAGACAAAGAACGCCUUGAAAUCAAGGAGCACUUGGACCCAAUAGUUAGGUUUACAUGCAGUGGUGGGAUGAACGGCUACCUAUCCCUUUGCAGCGGAGAUCCUUGUCCUCCGAUUUUUAGAUCACCCAUUGAAGGGAUGGAAAAUAUUACUCAAAAUCAAGUCAUAUGUGCAAUAUACAGACUUCCAGAUACUCAUAAACAUAUCGCUCGGCCAGUGGAAGGGGUUAUUUUCCCGACAAAGAUGGUCACAUUAGGUGAUAUGAAACCUGAUCCUGUACUAUGGCAUGAGGAAUCUAGGAAGAAACCUUGGGAAAAUGGACGGAACCACCACCGUGGUGCAAUGUCUGAUAGGAACCACCACCAUGAUGCAAUGUCUGGUAGGAACCAGCACCGUGGUGCAAUGUCUGGUCGUCAGCUUGGAGAAGCUGCACAUAGAUUGGUGGUUAAUAGUUUGCAGAAGAAAAAAGAUAAGGGUGGACAUGGUGAUUACAGGCGUACACAUAAUGGCCAAGGACGUGGUAAUUAUAUGCAUGCCCAACCAGCUUCCUAUCGUGCUGCAUAUGGUCCUCCCGUUCCUUCCUUUCAAACGCAGAGAAACAAUGUUCAUGAUAAUGUACGGCCUAGUUUUGGCCAUUCUGCUCGAGAUGCUGGACGCCACCCCAGAUCUUCAGGUUCCGAUGACCAUAGUUGUAAGUCUUACCCAUAUCAUGAGACCCAUAGUAGAGAUUAUCGCGGUCAUGGACAUCAUCCAGAUGGAAUGCAGCAAAAUGGUGGACACAGUCAUUCCUCGUAUGCCAGUCAUCCUCAGCAGGUGGGUCAAAUACCAGUUCCACCAACUUCUAAUUUCCACCAGCAGAGUGGAUAUAACACUUCUACGAGCUAUGUACCUUACGGGGCUGAAAGCUAUAACCAAUGGGGUGGUGGAAGGGCUUCUCAAAACCAAAAUGUCAGAGGAAAUCAUCAUCCACGUCCUUCAGGAAAUCAGUUCUCAGCUUUUGGUAGGGGAGGAAAUAGAAGGCCACCUUCAGGGCAUCGUCGGUAGAGAGUUGUUUUAGCCUGGACAAUUUAAGCCUAAGCUUAGUUGCUCACUAGGAUACGCUGAAUACUGCGAACAACUUCCGUACUUUUUGGAAACAGGUAGAAGAACAAAUAGUUGUUCCUGUCAAUGAUAAUUAUUCUGCAGGCCGUUUUCUGGUGCUUGUCAUAACGGUUAUUGUAGCUCUUUAGCUCUGUAUCUUUUCCAUGUUCUUUAUUCUUAACACACAAUGUCAGUGAGUUUCAUUUGUUUGAGCAAGCACAAUAAAUUAUUUGAAAGGUCAAACCUGGAUGUAUAAAGAUGAAUUUUUACAUCUAGUAGGCUGGUUAAUCUGUA